GAACCGGGUUUUCUACGUCAUCCUUCUCUCUACCCCUUCUUAUUCUUCUUUCCCGCUGUGCUUCUCAAAGACUUCUCGAAGGAGUCCAUCUCGGUUCGUUCUCCACUCUCUUCUCUUUUCCAUCUGGGGGCUCCACUGCGAUCGCCUCUCGCUCCAGCCAGCAAAUACUUGAUUGCUUGCUGGGAUCAAAUAAUUUGUGUUAAGUGUGCUUGGUUAAUAUUCAGAUUGAUUCAACCCAAAAAUGGGGAUAUAUCUUAGCAGUCCAAAAACUGAGAAGUUUUCUGAAGAUGGUUCAAAUGCCAGACUUGCAUUUGGUUUGUCAUCCAUGCAAGGCUGGCGUUCAUUUAUGGAAGAUGCACAUGCUGCUGUGCCAGACCUUGACAAUUGCACAUCAUUCUUUGGUGUUUAUGAUGGCCAUGGAGGAAAAGUAGUUGCCAAGUUCUGUGCAAAGUAUCUGCACACUCAAGUACUCAAAUAUGGAACUUAUAUGGGUGGUGAUUUAGCUGCUUCAGUACAAAAAGCUUUUUUCAGAAUGGAUGAGAUGAUGCAAGGACAGAGAGGGUGGAGAGAAUUAUCUGUACUGGGAGAUAAGAUAACCAAAUUUUCUGCAAUGCUUGAAGGUGUGAUGUGGUCCCCAAAGGGAAGUGAUUCUGACGGCCAUGCAGAUGACUGGGCUUUCGAACAGGGACCCCACUCUGAUUUCUCUGGACCGACAUCUGGAAGUACAGCUUGUGUGGCUGUCAUUAGGAACAACCAACUCAUUGUUGCAAAUGCUGGUGAUUCUCGUUGUGUAAUCUCAAGGAAGGGUCAGGCAUACAAUCUGUCAAGGGAUCACAAGCCAGAGCUUGCUGUUGAGAAAGAAAGAAUCCUUAAAGCAGGAGGUUUUAUUCAUGAAGGACGAGUAAAUGGAAGCUUGAACCUUGCAAGAGCCAUUGGCGACAUGGAAUUCAAGCAGAACAAGUCUUUGCCAGCUGAAAGGCAAAUUGUGACUUGCAAUCCAGACAUAAACAUUGUGGAGCUUUGUGAUGAUGAUGACUUCCUCGUUCUGGCAUGUGAUGGAAUCUGGGAAUGCAUGUCAAGCCAGCAACUGGUGGAUUUCAUCCAUGAGCACAUAAAGACUGAAAGUCGCCUGUCUGCAGUGUGUGAGAGAGUACUUGAUAGGUGUUUGGCACCAUCAACAGCCAAUGGAGAGGGAUGUGAUAACAUGACCAUGAUCUUGGUCCAGUUUAAAAGGCCUAUCAAGUCCAGUGUUGCCAGCACAUAGUAUCACUCUGGCAGGACGGGCAUAAUAGGGGGGAUCAUCGAAGAAGCAACAAAAAGUAGCAGCUUCAUGGCUAUUAUUAUCAUUUGUUAUUGACAUCAUCAUCAUUAUCUAAAACUCGGAUUUUUAGGAUACUGGAAGCCUCUUUUUCGUUCCGAAGUCAGCCCGGUGUGGCAAUUCCCAGGCAAACCCUCGUUCUAAAUUUUAAUUACCAGUUACCCCUAGACCGUCACUCGUAUUCUCCCUCCCGCCCGCUACU